GGCCCUGUCUAUUCAGUGCAUGCAGAAUACUAUCCGUUCUGAAAACCCAACCCGAAACUGGGGAUCUAACAAGUGAACCAUUCCUUAUUAAAUCACUAUCAGUAAUGAUAAGACCCGCUGCUUGAGCAAGUCAUCGUGGAUGAGUAGUUCUGAGCUGCAGCGAUGAGAAAGUCCACAUUUCAAAUGACUGGGAGGGAGAAUUCUGCUCAUGCAUAUAUACAGUCCCAUGAAUGUGCCUGAAACUUUCACUUAGGAGUCUGGAAAAUAAGCAGCACUGGCACUCUCAACACUACUCCUCUGGAAAGCAGCGCGAUGGCCGUGUAUCUCCUGUUGCUCUUGAUGGCUGUCAGUGAAGUGGAAGCUACAUUCCGUCCUCGGCAGCUCUCCCCAUGCAGAGUGGUAGAAAUGGAUGUUUAUUGCAACAAUAUGAACCUGAAGCAGAUUCCUUUAGAGCUCCCUCCUGGUUUCCACAAACUAGACUUGUCUGAAAACCUCCUCCAGAACAUAACUCUGGAGCUCCUGCCCUUCAAAGACUCUGUGCAGCAGCUAGACCUGCAUUCCAACAAGAUCCAGUUCAUACAGCCAGGCCUUUUCCAGCAUAUGGACAACCUUGAGGUCCUCGACAUCUCCAGGAACUUCUUAGAUGUGUUUGCACAAACCAAAACUGAGAUUGGGCCGUUGCCCAGCAUUAAGACCCUAGACCUCUCAGGAAACAACCUCUACACUGGCAUGACUGUCUACUUCCUGCACGAUGCGCCGGCACUGAGGAACCUCUCUUUAAGUGGGAACAGCAUCACCAAAAUAGAGGCCGACACCUUCUCGGGCUCGCUGGCUCUCAGCAGCAUUGACCUCCACAACAACGUGGUCCUGGAAAUAGAAGACGGGGCCUUUGAGUCUCUGCAGAACCUGUCCGAACUCAACCUGUCUAUGAAUUCAAUAACCUGCAUCACUGAUUUCAACCUUUCUCAACUAAAGCUGCUGAACCUCAGCAAAAACAGCAUUGAGUCUUUCCAUACAGCAGAGUUAGACAAGGAGUAUGAUCUCUUAUACCUCGAUCUUAGUGAAAAUAAACUGCUAUACUUCCCAGAGCUCCCGAAGAGGAACAGACUGAUGUAUCUGGACUUGUCCCGAAACAUCAUACAAGGUGUUAUCACAGGAGCAGAUGAAAAUGACUACAUUUCAUAUGGUUGGUUCAAAGCAACGAACCAGCCCUUGAACAGGACUCUCUUGGACAAUGGCGUUCCCUUUACCAACCUCUCAAGUCUUCUGUAUUUAGACAUGAGUUACAAUGAGAUCAAAAGCAUCCCAGUGGAGUUCUUCAGCAGCAUGGGCUCACUGGAGUUCCUCAACCUGAGCAAUAACUGCCUUGAGAGCUUCACAAGCUCCAGCUCCAGCUCCUUAAAUUCCCUGGACACCCUGGAUCUGAACUUCAACGCGCUGCGGAAUCUGUCGUUUGCAGAGAACACGCUCAGGGCUCUGAAGCAGCUCUACCUGAAAGGUAACAAUCUCCAGAUUUUAGCACCAGAUACUUUCACCAACCUUCACAGCAUCAAAGUCAUAGACCUCCAAGAAAACCACAUGAGCGUGUGCGGGUGGUACCCCCGACUUUCCAACUGGGGCUCCACGGUACAGGAAACCGACUGCGUCUCUUUCAUUGGGAUUCCAACACUUCGUUACUUAUACCUGUCCAGUAACGCUAUCCGAUCUCUUCCCCAGUACGCCUUCAGACAGACCCCUCUUCUGCUGUUGGAUCUAUCCAAGAAUCCAGGAAUAGAAGUGAACAGCAAGGCCUUUUCUGGGCUGGAAUCGUCCUUAAUGUUCUUAUCCCUCAAUGGAAAUAACCUCCCAGCGCUGAACCCGGACCUGUCGCUUCUUACCAGCCUUAAAAACUUAAAUCUGUCUGGAAAUCUGUUAACCGGGCUGCCUCCUUGGAGUAAGGACUCCUCCUUGGAGGUUCUGGACCUGCAGAAUAAUGUCCUGAUCAGCUUGCAGUACAACGUAGUGCUAGUCUUAGAAAAAACCCUAAAGACCUUAUACCUCGCAGGGAACCGUCUAAGCUGCUGCAGCAACCCACGCUUCCUGCACAUGGUCCAGAAGUCAGUGAUUGACAUCCCUGAUAUAGACUCUGUAACAUGCCAGUAUGUGAAGAAUUCUGAGUACACAGAGAUCAGCAUCCUCAGAGUCGCGCAGGACGAAUGUGACCAGCAGGAUGUUAGAAGUAUAAGCAUCAUCAUUACAAUUACUACAGCCCUGGCACUGGCUGUGGUGCUCGUCGUGCUUUCAAAAUACUGCCAUCAGCGGAGACUGAGGCCAGAGGGCAGCUAUAAGGCCUAGAGGAAGUGAACGUUCUCAGUUGAUGUUCAUUAGCUAACAGCCUCUUUAAAAAGCCGUGGUUUCUUUGAAAGCAUGCUGACGGUUGUGAAAGUUAAAAAACUGGCGUCCAAACACGAACUGAGACUCAGUUUUGUUUUAACUUUUAUUCAGAAUAACAUUAGUGAAAGAAUGCUGUGUGUGCGAGCGUUUGGGCUUGUGUUGUCAAUAUUUAAAAUGUAUUCCCUGUAAUGUUGUUGCGAUUAGUGGUUACAGCUGAUUAAAUGCAUAGUUACAGCGAUGCAGCAUUUCACAGUAACACACCAUAACAGAGAAACUAGGGUAACACUUUACAUGAAGUGUCUCCAAUUACUGUGUAUUUACAGAGCAGUUACUUAGUAAAGGUAUGUGUACUUACACAUCAUUACAAUGUUAUAAUGCAUAGUUACAAUGUACUUAAUGUGUAGAUCUUUUUGCAGAGUAUAUGUAAGCACACAGUUGUAUCAGAAAAGGGUUAGAGGUAGGGUUAGGAGGGUUAGGGUUAGGGUUAGGAGGGUUAGGAGGGUUUGGGUUAAAUUGUGCAAAAAGAUUUACACAAUAAGUACAUUGUAACAAUGCCUGAUACCAUUGUAAUGAUGUGAAAGUUGAGAUGUAUUUACUAAGUAACUAUUCUGUAAAUACACAGUAUUAGAGACACUUCAUGUACAGUGUUUCUUUAACUAGUAGGCUACAUGUUUGGGAAGUAUUUCACAAGUUUCUUUUAGCAUUUCUACAUGUCUUGAGACUGUUUUAAGCGCAUGGAUGACAGUUUUUGUUGCUGUAGAUUUUACAGCAUGUGUUCUAUGCAAUGAAAUUUUGAUAAGGCUUCAUUUUAAGUUCAUACCAACGUUAUUGCCUCGUAACUAUUUAGUACAGACAACUGUAUAAAUACAAUGGUCUGUACACAUGAAUUAAUGAUGCAUUCAAGCCUAUUCAGAUUGAUGCUGAACUCACACAGCCUCAUCAUGAUCAUUACAUUGUUAUUAACGGCACUUAAACUGAAGCAAUAAUACAAUAUGAUGAAAAGAGAAGGCUCGAUUUCUUUUAACCAAAAAGACUGAACUUGACAUUUUUACCAAAUGAUGAUAUAAAACAUGUGUGUAUUGUGUCAGGUAUUGUGAAGACGCAUGUAUUUUUUAUCAAAGGCCAGUUGAAGACGUUGUUGCAGAAUUAUUAACUGGGGUUACAUGAACAUUGUGGGCAUAGCGAUUUGUCUUGUAAAUAAGUGUGUGUGUGUGUGUGUGUGUGCAUGUGUGUGCGUGCAUGUGUGUGUGCGUGUGUGUGUGUGUGCGUGCAUGUGUGUGUGCGUGUGUGUGUGUGUGUGUGUGUGUGCAUGUGUGUGCGUGCAUGUGUGUGUGCGUGUGUGUGUGUGUGCGUGCAUGUGUGUGUGCGUGUGUGUGUGUGUGUGUGUGUGUGCAUGUGUGUGCGUGCAUGUGUGUGUGUGCGUGUGUGUGUGUGUGCGUGUGUGUGUGUGUGUGUGUGCGUGCAUGUGUGUGCGUGUGUGUGCGUGUGUGUGUGUGUGUGCGUGCAUGUGUGUGCGUGCAUGUGUGUGCGUGUGUGUGCGUGUGUGUGUGUGUGUGUGCGUGCAUGUGUGUGCGUGCAUGUGUGUGCGUGUGUGUGUGUGUGUGCGUGCAUGUGUGUGCAUGCCUGUGUCAGUCAGAGAGCAUUUAAUUCCAUUGCAUUUAUUUGCAUUACUCAAUGUUAUCUAAGAAUAGCACUGCAUACCAAUAGCUUUGUUAGAGGAUUAUAUUUAACAGUAUUGAACUAAGUUUUGCUGCUUUUCUUUUCAAUUAAGUAUUAUAAUAAUAUGGGCCCUUCUGUAAAGGAAUGGGUCACCAAAAGCAAACUGUGAGAUGUUUGGUGUGCAAGUUCUAACCCCUCAGUCACAGUGUGCACGAUUGCACUGUGUGCGCGAUUGCACAGUGUGCACGAUUGCACUGUGUGCGCGAUUGCACUGUGUGCGCGAUUGCACAGUGUGCGCGAUUGCACAGUGCGCGCGAUUGCACUGUGCGCGCGAUUGCACUGUGCGCGCGAUUGCACUGUGCGCGCGAUUGCACUGUGCGCGCGAUUGCACUGUGCGCGCGAUUGCACAGUGUGCACGAUUGCACAGUGUUAAGUUUCCUAUCUAGGUAUCGAUUUGAUAAUGCGUCAUGGUUUUCUUUUUUUUUUUUUAACUUCUUGAACUCCAUAGAGUUCACACCAACUGUUUUAGAAUUUCUACAAAUGAAACUAAAACUCUGUGACCGAAGGGGAUAUUCACUGCAUCUGUUUCUAUCAAGUUUAAAGGCUGAUUUGAGACAAUCAUGAUGAUUUUUACCGGGUUAGCUGAUGGCCCUCACAGCUCUGUCUAUCAGUACUUUGCUGCUUUUUCAUUCACGCUUCUCUUUCCUCUCAUUAGGAAGUAGUGACAGUAUUAUGCAUUUGUUGGCUGAGGACAAUUUAGGAAAAUGUUGAAUUAAAUUUCAAAGAUGUCUUCUUGUGUUUUCUUGAGGGAGGAAAGGAGCAAUGGACUUUGAAUGUUACAUACAUUAAAUUGUAUAUUAUACUGUGCUUAUAUCGUACAUGAAGCUUUUAUGUUGUUUAAUAAUUCCAUCACAAAACCCACAAGGCCGCACCCACAUUCAACGCCUUUGCUUUUUGAAAAAGUGAUUUUCAGUUAUAUGUCAUUUCAGAGUAUUAAAAAUUAUGAAGGAUUUUGUAACAUAAAACACUACAGGCCAAAGAGGUUAUGAUGUGGAUAUACAGAGCAACAGAAGCGUUUGAAAUGAAUGUAUCAAAGUUAUGGAGUUUUUUUAAACAGAUAUUUAUAUGUUUUGUCUCCUAUUUGUAUGUAAAAAUAAAUGAUCUUUAAAAGUACUUUUUUUUCUCUUCAUCAUUAUAUUUAAACAUUAGCGAUUCAAGUCACAACUGAAUCACAAACGAAAAUAACCAGAAUUACCAGCACGACUCAGGACUGACAUUCCCCAGAAUUACCAGCAUGACUCAGGACUGACAUUCCUUCUGAAUUUAAGCAAGCCAACCUCCUUGUUUUCUUCUACCCUAUAAUCCAUUCUUUUGGAAGAUUCUCUUCCGUAUUUACCUUUCACACCUGGGCGGGCUGAGAAUCGCGCACCAUUAAUGUAAUACCGAACAGGCUGUAGAGUCGACAAACAAAUAUAUUUUUCAACAAAAACUCAAAUACUAACAUAUGCGGCACAACUGGUAGAUACGGUGACUCACUGAGAACAUGAACAAAGAUAUUGUCAUGCCCAAAUCACAAGCUCCACCCGAGUACACCCUGGUACAGACAACCGGCUAAACUGCACAGACCGACACACUGACCAGCGGCAGCGAGGAGCGAGUCGGCUACAGAUCAACCACACCCAGCCAUCUCAUC